AUGAUAAACACCUAUUUCAUCAACCCAUCUACCUGUGAUACUGCUUUCAAAGAGCUCUGCACUUAUACUCCUAAACCCUUCUAUUCCAUUACACGACAUGCUGCUGAUAUUAAUUCUGAUUCUGACUCACCAGCUAUACUUCUUGUCCAUCAUCAAGAGCCCCCAUCAUCCUCUCUUCUUGGUUCUGACAUGGGGAAGGAGCCGAAGAACGAUGAAAUGAGCACAACAGAAAAUGUCUACCCCGGAGAGCUGCAAGCUUCUGCACCUUUUGACAAUAUGGGUGUCAAAGGUGACUGCACUAGGCAGCAGGAGAUGAGUCCAGAUAGCACGUUGAAAAUUAAAUCAAAAAAACGAGUCUCUUUCCCUUUGGGAGAACAGAUUGUCUCGGGGUCAGCAGAGCCUUGGUAUCCAUGGACAACGGUUGCCUGUGUUACAGUGGAAGAGGUUAUCUCAUCCUAUAAACUAAGUUGCAAGAAUCUCGGUGUGCAUCCUCUUCACAAACUGCUGACACAGCUGGAGGAAAUCACAGAUAUACAGCAGAGGAUCAAAUGCUUAGAUUUGAAGGGGGAAAACUUAGACAAUGUUAGCUGUGAAGCCCUCGAAGAAAUCUUCAAACGGAUACGGUUUAAGAUGAUUAGUUUGGAGUGGGCAAAGCUGAAUGAAGAUGGGGCAUCUGCACUCUUUGAUAUGAUGGAAUAUUACGACUCAACACUCUGCCUCAGAAUUUCCUUCAGCAGGAACAUUGGAAGAAGAGGUUGGAUGGCAGCAGCUCAGCUGAUUCAGAAGAGUAACAGCUUGCAAGAGUUUGAGGCAUCUGGAAUCCCUUUGAUGGACAACACAGCCUCCUGUUUGGCACGAGGACUGAGAGCUAACCAUCAUCUGAGGGUCUUACGACUGGAUAAUGCCAGGUUGAGUGGCCGCUCACUGAUGCAGUUAGUGUGUGCCUUGAAGAUGAACCAAGUGCUUCAGGAACUUUACUUGGCGGACAACAACCUGAGCAGUGAUCAAGACUCGAUGCACCUGCGAGAUCUGUUGCAGGUGAAUUGUACCAUACAAUUAUUAGACCUUAAAAACAACUGUAUCUUCAACACAGGACUGGAGGACAUCUGUGAAGGUCUUAAAGGACAGAAGCAAGGACUGAAAAAACUUAUUCUUUGGAACAACAAACUGACUCACAAAGGAAUGACUCACUUAGCUGCCAUUCUACCUAAUUUAACAUCUCUGGAAACACUGAACCUUGGCCGUAAUCCACUCAGCAAUGAAGGAAUCCACAGACUUAAAGAAGGAUUGAUAGCUAAUCGAUCAGUUACACGAUUAGGAUUGGCAUCAACAGCAAUAACUUGUGAAGGUGCCGUAGCCAUGGCAGAGUUUAUAGUCGAGAGCACUGGAAUCCUGAGACUGGAUCUUCGAAGGAACAGUAUAAGAACUGGAGGUCUGAUGGCCCUCACUCUGGCAAUGAAACUAAAUAAUUCUUUGGUCCAACUGGAUUUGGACAAGGGACCAAUGGGCGAGAAAGAAGGAUGGCUGAUUGAAACUCAGAAACUGUUGCUGAUUAAGAUCGCAAAGUGCUGCAAAGGGAACCUGAUGAUGAAACGAGCAAAGCAGGAGGAGAAGAAGCACGAGGAAAAUUCAACAGGGCGGCCUUUGUAA